AUGGCCUCUUAUAUUGCAGCAUCGCCAUUCCUAGGUCUGCCACGAGAGCUUCGCUACGAAAUAUACGAGUAUCUCUGCGGCACAGAGCCCCGUUCUUAUCCCUUCAAAGCGCCGCCAAUCGCAUCCUUCGACCAAACGCCUCCCCCAACAAACCUGCAACUCACCUGCCGCUACAUCUAUGAAGAAAUACGUACCUACUUCCAUGGAAGAGUUACUCUCCGCUUUGUCACACGGUCAUUCUCACAAGAAACGCGCAAUCACAUCCACUCUCUCGCCCUCACUGCAAUUCGACAAGCGAAGAAGGUGGAAUUAGUGCUAGUUUGGGAUAUUCCUCUUGGGUUGGUUGAAACAGAAUGGGGUAAGUGGCCAUGGGCUAUGAAUGGAUGGCUCGAUGAGCAGGUCAGUUUGCUGCUAGAUGAGGGCAAGAACUUGGAGUCUGUGGUCGUUUCUAUAAGAGAUGUUUCGGAAAAUGUAGAUUGGGAGAAGAAAACCAUGAUACUAAAGCCCUUGAGCAAGUUGAAGGCGAGGGUGAGGUUUCAGUCAGGAGAAAUUACGGCUGCUGAUAGGGAAGAGGAGGCGUUGAGGGGGCACCUUGGAAAGUAUUUGAGGGACUUGAAUAAGCGACGUUACUGA